AUGGGAAUGCGUGACACGGCCCUGGGACCUGUAAGGGCUUUUCUACUUUCCGUGAACUCAGCAGAAGCUGCAAACUGGGUAGGCAGGCCAGAGCUGCCUUCUCCCAAGAGAGCCAGUAUCCGAGCUCCUGCGGAUUCCAAAGGGGAGAAAGCCCCUGGAGGCAGAGAGGGUGGGGAAGGAGGUGGUGCUCGCGUUGGCGAGGCUUUUCCGGGUGCACAGGCCGGGACCCUCGCGGGGCCUCCGGGGUUGGUGGCUUCUGGAAUGGAGAUGUCCUUUUGGCUGCUCUGUGGACUUUCUCUUGCUCUUACACCAAUUGGCAGAGCAGAUGAAUGCAAGGAAGUGAGCGUGAAAAAUGAGACGAUUUCAGUAGACCAGCCUUAUGCUUUUAAUUGCACACACCCUCCACAGACACUUGAGGAAGUAAAUAUAACAUGGUAUAAAAAUCCUAGCAAAACCCCAAUAUCCAGAAGCAUACAGUCUAGAAUUCGUCAGGACCAGAGUUGGAUCUUGUUUCUCCCCCUGACUUCUGAGGAUUCAGGGAUCUAUCAGUGUGUCAUAAAGAAUAUAAACAGCUGUCACAGAAUAUACGUAAAUUUAGCUGCUUUUAGAAAAUCUUGGUGUGGUGAUCCCCAAGAGGUUCUACCAAGUUUAUCAGAUGAGUAUAUACAAACCCUACAUUUUGGGAAAGAUGACAUCCUUACCUGCCAUUUGAACUUCCCAAAGAGCUGUGUUUUGGAUUUAAUAAAGUGGUAUAAGGAUUGUGAAGAGAUUAAUGAAGAGCAAGAGCACUUUAAAUCUGUGGGGAGAAAGCUUUUAGUGAAAAACGUCUCAGAAGAAGAUGAAGGGAAAUAUGCAUGUCAAGUAAGACUGACACACGCGGGGAAAGAAUACACAGUUUUAAAUAGCAUUAGUGUAGAUGUCACUGAAAAAGUUUUGUAUGGAGACAGAAUCCCUAAAAUUACUUACCCAAGAAACAAUUCAAUUGAAGUAAAACUUGGAUCUCCCUUGACUGUGGCCUGCAAUAUCACAGACGUGUGGGACAACACAAAUCUACGAUGCUGGAAAGUCAAUAACACUCAGGUGGAUCUUUACUACCGUGAAUCCAAGCGAAUCAAAGAAGGAUACGAAUCAUUUGAGCCUUUUGGGGAUUAUUAUAGGUACACAGUAAACAUAACCUUCCUCGAGGUGAAAAUGGAGGAUUAUGACCGUCCUUUUGUGUGUCAUGCAGGAGUAUCUGCAGCAUACGUUGUGUUAAAGCUCCCAGUUCGAGACUCUCAAGGUUACCUGAUAGGAGGGUUCAUUGCCUUGGCAGGAGUGGUUGCUUCUGUCAUGUUCAUCUACAACGUUUUUAAGAUUGACAUUGUGCUUUGGUAUCGGAGUACCUUUCAUUCUCCUGGGACCAUGGAUGAUGGGAAGCUGUACGAUGCCUAUGUCUUAUACCCCAAGCCUCAGAGUGGAAGCCAGCACCAUGACAUGCACAUGCUUGUGUUGAAGAUCCUUCCAGAUGUGCUGGAGAAGCAGUGUGGAUACAAGUUAUUCAUAUUCGGGAGAGAUGAAGUUCCUGGACAAGCUGUGGCCAGUGUCAUCGAUGAGAACAUCAAGCUGUGCAGGAGGCUGAUCAUCAUCAUAAUCCCGGAGUCUCUGCACUUUGGCCUGUUAAAAAACAUGUCAGAAGAACAAAUCACGGUCUACAAUGCCCUCAUCCAGGACGGAAUGAAGGUCAUUCUGAUUGAGCUGGAGAAAAUCAAGGACUACACAAACAUGCCGGAGUCAAUCAAGUAUAUCAGACAGAAGCAUGGCGCCAUCCAGUGGCAUGGGCACUUCACAAAGGAAGCUCAAUCUGCAAAGACUAAGUUUUGGAAAAAUGUACGCUACCACAUGCCCCCCACCCGGUAUCCCCCACUUUCUCCAGUCCAGGUGCUGAAGCGCACACCCUGCAACUGGAUAAGAGAGAGAGCAACAAGAAUUUCAUUGCCCCGUGACUGA